CUGUUUUCUUUUCUACGCUAGAAGUGUGAGCUGCGUUCAUAAAAUUAUAUAUUACAAUUUUCAACAAAUUCAUUUGAAAUUAGCUAAAAUGCAGAAACUAUUUGUAAUCCUUCUUAUUUCUUUCUCUACGUGUUUGAGUACAGCGACAGAACCGCCAAUCGCACAAGAUGCUACCAAGGCUCCAUUGCUAGAAUCUACCAAAUCUGAAGUUACUGUAGUGCCAACUGCCACCCCUGUAGUUGAUAAAAAGGCGGCUGAAGCAUCAACUAAACCAGAAGCAUCUGUUACACAAAAAGCAAACAUAACUGAGGCUCCGAAAGUGCAAGAAAAUGCCACUCAAGCUCUGUCCACAAACCGAACCGCCACCAAGACUGAACCAGACAACAAAACAACCGACAAGAAAGAGGAAACACCCAAAUCUGAUUCAAAGAAAGAGGACUCUCAAAACACAUCUGUGAUCCCAGCUAAAGAACAGACUCCAAAGAGCGAAGAAGCCCCUGCCCCUCAAGAAACUAAACCAAAGGUUGAGCCGGUCCCACCUAAGAGUGAUGUGGCUCCCAAGAACAGCACAACAACUACUGUAGCUCCCAAAGCUGACGAGACACCUGUACUCCAAGCUAGAGGGUUCGACGGUCCCAGUUUCAUUGGUGGCAUUAUUUUGACUCUGGGUCUUUUGGCUAUUGGGUUCAUGGGCUUCAAAUACUACAAGAACCAAACUGAGAGAAACUAUCAUACUCUCUAAGAAUCUAUUUUAGUUUGUAAGUGCACAUAUCUGUUUUAUUUUAAACUGAAGGAAAUUUACUUUUGAAAUUAUUUUUGCUACUUUUUUUAUUUUAAUGUGCACUGUAUUUUCUGUUUGUGGAGUCAAAAACAGGGUUCCUUCAUAGAUUCUAAAAGUUUUUGUACCUAAUGGAUACUUUUUCGAAUUUAUAUCUCUUAAGUCUCAUUUCUCGUAGUUUUUAAGUUAAAGUUUCCAAUGUAUGUGCAUUUGUUUCUUUUUUUCUUUGUACAUAUUUAAAAUGUUAUAUAAUUGUCUGAAUAUAAGAAAUGCCUAAUAGUAUAUAAAUUUGAUAUUAUAUACCUUUAUUGGUAGGUGUAAAAGAAUUAGAAUUUAUUAUUUGUUUUCAAAUUUUAUAGUAUAUUAUGUGUAAAGAGAGAGUGCAAUUUUUGGCUUUGGAUGUUUCUAUAUUAAAUUUUCUGUGCCAUGUCUAAAACACCUGGUUUCCUUAGACUUUGAUAUUUCACUUUGCCUCUACACAUUAGAUUAAGAACAAUGUGAUAAAUAUUGGUUUGGCACAAACAAAGUAGUCGGAACACCUAUUUUUAUUGCAAAUGCUUGAUCUGGAAUGGAAUCUCGUUUUUAGGUUUGUGCUAAACCGAUCAAACAUUUUUCAUGGUUUUGUAAACUUGGGAAAGAUGAUUCCAUCCUAAAGUGCUCUUAAAUCUGGUCUAUAUGAUUAUAUCAGAAGUGUUACUCCCGAAUCACCGUCGACAGCUAAUAUGAAUAAAGUAUAUUAAUUAAA